GCGGGUCGGAUCGGAUCGGAUCGGAGGCGCCGCUGGUCAGGUGAUGAAAUACCGUCACUUCACUUCACUUCACCUGCUCUAGUUUCCGCAUGGAACAUAAAACAAGCCCAAUGGCCACACAGUACACAGAUCUAGAAUUGGCCAUACACACCUUGGUCAAAAACUUCCAUUCAGCAUCUCCUACUAAUGCUGACACGCUCACAGCCCAGGAGUUCCAGAGCAUGAUCUCCAAAGAGCUGCCCACCAUGGUGAAGACAGCAGGGGACCAGGAAGGACUCAACAAACUCCUGACGGACCUGAAUGUGGAAGAGGGGAAGGGUGUCGCAUUCAAGGAUUUUUGGCGAUUGGUUGAUUCUCUGGCCACUGCUCAGUUUGGAUUGCUGAGCAAAGAGAAACAAGCAAAAUGUGUGAAAUGUAGUCUGAUGUAAGACCGGCCCUGAGCAAACAAGACCGAUCAACAUUGUGUCGGUGUCCACCACAGCCCUGAGAAAAACACAUCAAAUCAGCAGCUUCUAUUUCCCAUCACCCUCUGCAAUACUGUACAUGUCACUCUAUUGGAUUCUUUGGUAUAUUCGCUGAGGUCUUAUAAUAAUUAAGUGUUGUUACAGAGCUUCCUGAAUAAAUACCCAACAAGCCCUUACGACAUAGACCAUGAGUAAUCUCUUUCAUCUGUGUAACCUGAGCCACACCUGCCUGGCCAGUAAGAUCUAGUGGCUAAUUUACUUCCUCAUUUGUUCUGGUGCUGCAGGUUUUUGUAUUAUUGUGUCACUUUCAACCUGCCCAAUCUUUUUUUUUUCUUUUGUUUUACAUA